GCGGUCGGAAAUAGGACCCGAGAUUCAUGCGCCAACUUCCGUAAUGGGUGCAGCCUAGAAAAAAAACUUUGCACCAAUCGCGAAUUAAUGUACAACAAUUGAUCCAGAUUAUUUUGUCAUAUUCAUAAACCAUACUCCAAAACACCAGCUUUGAGGGAUUGCAGCAAUGGCGGACUACUGCCAAAACUUUUCAGGUGCAGCUCCAGGUAUCAGUGAGAUCCAGGUACCCAGCCAGGACAGCUUCCCGGAGGGUAUUGUCAUCCCAAAUCGGAUUUUUAUCGCUGGAUUUGACAACAAUGUAAGUGCGGAGGACCUCCAACGCGUCUUCUCCCAGCAUGGCACUGUAACGGAGGUGAAAUUCAAAGUAGAUUUUACAGGACUGUCAAGGGGGUAUGGCUUUGUUACAUUUCAGCACAAAGACGAAGCUGUGAAGGCCCUUCAAGAUGAGAACGGAAUCAACGUGAACGACAGAAAGCUCACCAUCGCGCCAGCUGUUCUCAAAUACGCGUGUUCUACUAAACUCAAACGACAAAGCCUGAUCUGCCCAAGAAACCUCCACAAGAACUACAACAAUGUGGCCUACCUCCAACCUCACCCAAAUCAGCCUCCCCCAAUGAUGAUGCCUACGCCGUGUGAUUCCUGUGGUUACUAUCGCCGUUACCCUUACCACUACAUGUUUGCAGACCCUACAGCGCCACACGUUUGUGCUGCAUAUCCUCCAAGUCCUGCAGGAGUGCCACCCUGUUUCCAACAACAUAACCUUUAAGAGGCAGUAGUCACCCAUCAGUCGCAACAGUCGACAAGCAUUGCAAACUAAAUAAACUACGUCCUGCCAGA